AGUCAGUUAGAGGGUGGCCGUAUGUCAAGAUCAGUGAAGUCAGUUCCGGAGGAUUAUUUUUUAAAUAUCAAAUAUGGAUACCGCGGACCAGGACACUGUUGACAAAGAUUUAUUAGACAUGUCUGAAAAAUCGGCAGUGGGUACGACGGUUCAAUUUGAGGACAUCUUCCACCACAUCGGCGGACUGGGAAGAGCACAAAUACUGAUUUACUUAUCUGCAGCAAUUUUCGAGUGUACAUGUUUCCAGACGAUGUAUUACUUCAUAUUUGAAAAUGCCAAUCCGGGGUACAGUUGUGUUGAGGUGAUAAAAGACCCAGGGAACCUGACUGAUGCAAUUGGUCCAAGCGAUGGAAAUGACUUCAAAAACACUACCAAACUUCUACAGAAUGGAUCCUACUCCGGAAAUGUUUCUUUCAAUUCCUGCCCCUCAGCUCCCUUUGAGUGUAGCAAUCUUACAUUUGAUACAAAGUACACCUCCAUCGUUACUGAGUGGACCCUCAUCUGUGACCAAGCCAACAUACCUCGUCUGAUAACCAGUAUGCUCUUCGUGGGAGUUCUAAUCGGAGCAUUUCUCGGGGGUGCUCUUGGGGAUAGAUUCGGCCGCAAGAGGGUGCUGCUAGUAUUUUGGACUUGCAUGAUGGUGUCUCAUGCACUGUUGAGUUUGAUGACAUCUUGGCAGUUGUAUUUGUGCAUCAGAAUGGUGGGCGGGAUAUUCAUAGGCGGUACAGCAGUAAUAUCAAGUGUAUUACCAAUGGAGUACAUAUCAUCGAAAUACCGCACCCUAGCCGCAAACCGAGUCGGAUGGCAGGUCGGAGGCUUUUUCCUGGCAAUGUUGGCAUAUUGUAUACGGAGCUGGCGCUACCUCGCGGUUGCUGCAGGACUGUUUUGGUUGCCAGCGCUGCCAUUCAUGAUAAUUUUCCUCCCAGAAAGUGCCCGCUGGUUGGUUCAGAGAGGUCGAAUAAUAGAAGCGAAGUUGUGGAUCGACAGGAUAGCACGACUGAACGGGCGGCCGCCUUUCGAUAGCGCCCAGCUCCUUGCCGCAAUCGCCCAAGAGGAGGCAUCUUCCAGGGACCUUGCGCAAAAAUACACCUAUAUCGAUUUGUUUAGAACCAAGAAAUACGCAGGAAUGACUGUCACAAUGAUGUUCGGAUGGUUUUCGACUGCUCUCAUCACCUACGGUGUGACGAGCAACCUAGCAUCCUUUGCCGGCAAUCUUUAUCUCAAAUUGACGAUAUUCGCCGUUCUAAAGCUUGGAACCCGAUGGACAAUUGUGUUCAUGGCAAAUAUCAUUGGACGCCGCAAGAGUUUCAUUCUCUACAUGUCGAUUCCAGUCAGCUGCAUGUUCGCCAUCAUGGCUCUCGACAUUACCAAUUACAACGAGUCGUACCAGAUCGCCAUAACAGCGCUGGCGCUGCUCAGUUACACUGGGCUAGACGGAGCUUGGGGGUUGCAGUUCAUGUUCAGUACGGAGGCGUUCCCCACUGUUGUGAGAACGAUUUCAACUGGCGCUGGCAACGUUGCAGCUCGCGUUGGUGGAAUUGUUGCACCACAAAUUGGACUCUUGGCUUCUUACCACACCGCCAUACCGUACGUAGUUUUCGGCUGUUUUGGACUCGCGGAAGCGAUUCUGUUGUAUGUUAUCAUGCCUGAAACGCGGGGUAAACCACUCAUGGAGAGCAUGCCACCGAUUAGGGCGCGUCCACAAAACGGGAAGCGUCAUAACAAGGAAGUGAACCGAACGGAAUUGUUAUAGGUCUCUACUUAACCAUUUCUUCUGCCGUCGUGUAUUCAGUAGGGAGGGGCACUAUUUCCAGAGGGACAUACAAGACUGCUACACCGGCUAACAUUCUGGUCAGGACUGAGCAUCCUGUGUGGACUAUUGCACAAAAAGUAGUUCUUCAGCACAUUCUGCGUAAAAUCAAUACACCUACCACUGCACAGCAACAUUCAAAACCAAAGGAGCGGAAGCAUUUUAGACAUCACCCAUAUUUUAUUUUAAAAGUAUUGUAACGGCAUACCACCUUUAAGUAAUGUAACGGCAUAUCGCCUUUGAGUAAUUCUGAUGUCAGUGCCAUCCCGCCAUUUUGUUUCCCGAUGUUUGAUGUAAGUCAAAUCAGACCAGAUUUAAAGGAAAGAGUAUAGCCUAGAACAGAGGUAUGUUGAGAAAAAAUAUGUAGAGAAUAUCCAAGUGGCGUAAUUUGCCCGCAGAACUUUGAUAAAUGCUAUAAAAAUGUCCGAAUGACAGCGGACUGCUGAUGUAAACGUUGAGACAAGUCUUUAUGACGCAAUUUCUGCUACGCCCGAUAUUUUGGGGGCACUGUAGUUUAGAAUUUUGGCCACGAUGGGUGAUAUGAAUAAAGACUAGCAAAUGCUUUUACUCCGGUUUUGUACAGGAAGGCCUAGUGUAAAUGUACAUGGAGAUUUAGAUAAAAGCAUUUGCUAGUCUUUAUUCAUAUCACCCAUUGUUUCAGGUUCGAUAGUUGGAGAAGGAAAUAUGCCUCCUUUGUAGCCUUUUUGAAGGCUGGUUUGAGAGCACUUUUGAUUGUAUUUUAUACUUGGAAGUGCGGACCAUGUGCUUUUCCUCUUGGUACUGUUGGAUGUUAACAGAUGGCCGCACCUCAUUGUGUUGUUGGUAAAGUGUCAUUCUCAUUCUAGUGUCCUUCUCCUGGGAGUUGCAUCUUUUCUUCUCGUGUAAUCGUAUAACCACAUUGAGUUAACAAAUUUUCGUUUUAAUAUAUGUAUUGAAACGAAAAUUUGUCGAACCGCAGGCAGUAUUUUUAUGCUCUGCUGGUCAUCUUAGAACUAGGAAUCAGUUUUCGCCCCACUUGGCACAGGGAAGCAACAUCAGAGAACAAUACCCAGCGCGCUAGCAUCUAAAUCUUAAAACUUCUGAACGACGAGUCAGCCGCGGGCGGGAUUUCUUUCAAGCAAUUGAAUAACAUAGUUAACUCAAUGUGGCUAUACGAUUCUCAAUGCGAUUAAGAAUGCCAACGCGGUAGUUAGCUGUGAAAGAGAACGUGGUUACACUGUCCUUCACAGCAAGAACUUCCUGUAAAAAUGUUUAAUGAGGGAAAAUUACUUUCCCUGGAACCGAACCUCUUAUUUACUCAAUACCGGGUAACGAGAACGUUGCAAUUUGCAUCAUGUAUCCUGUGCAUCAACACUCUUCAUCUAGUGUAAGAGAAAGCACAUUCUGUAGAUCUACUUUAAUACGAACAGUUAAAAAAGGGAAAAUGACAAGUGUUUUUUUCUAAAUCAGUCCCCUGUCUGGUGAAUUAUUCAAAGACUGCCCGACUCGGACAGAAUAUAUAGGACUUAUUUGACAAUUGUAACUAACAGAAUUUUUUCAUACCAAACAAUUGGUUUGACCACUUUCAUAUUCAGAUCCGUUGAACACUCAAACUACA